CCACAAAAAAUAAAGAAUUAAUUUAAAAAUUAAUUCUAAUGGACGCGUGGUAACUUUUGAUUCCUUUAUAAGCUUCAAAUAUCAUUUCUCUCUCAACUUCCGUCUCCUCCCCUCCCCCCCCAUAAAAAAGAAUUCCGUUCCGUUUUCUCACCACCUCCCACUCCGUUCCGUUUCCUCUCUCUCUCUUCCAAAAUAAAGGUACUCAAUUGAGAAUUUAUUGCAUCAAAAUCAAUUUAUUCGUACAGAAUCGAACCGAAUCGAUUCAUUUUUGAAUAAUCAUGGCCUCAACAACAUUGAUCUCGAAUCAUAAUCCUGUAACAGCAUCAAACACAUCUACAGAUCGAUCAAAAAGAAGAAAAAAGAAGAAAUCACAGCAAAAUCAAGCCAAAGAAAAUCAAAUUCAAGGCCAUGCGAAAUGGAAAACCGAAGCUCAACAGAAAAUUUACUCGUCCAAACUCGUUCAAGCUCUCUCUCAAGUCCGCCUCACUCCGCCGUCUCCUCCGCCGCGCCAAGGCAGAGCUGUUAGAGAAGCUGCGGAUAGAGCUUUGGCUUUUGCAGCUAAAGGGAGAACCAGAUGGAGCCGAGCCAUAUUAACCAGCCGGAUCAAACUCAAGUUUAGAAAACAGCAUAAGAGAGCGCAUAAAAUUGUGGCUAGUAGCGGCGGUUCGGUUAUUGGAACCGGAAGUAACCGGUCAUCAAAGAAGCCGAGGGUUAGUAUUUUCCGGUUGAAAAAAAAGAGUUUACCGACGGUUCAAAGAAAAGUUCGUGUUUUAGGCCGGUUGGUUCCAGGUUGCCGUAAACAACCGUUGCCGGUUAUUUUAGAAGAAGCUACUGAUUAUAUUGCUGCUCUUGAGAUGCAAGUUAGAGCCAUGACUGCUUUAGCUAAUUUACUCUCCGCCUCUAGCUCCGCUUCACCGCCGCCGACAACGAGUUGAUGAGUCUUUUCACGGCCUGCUGUCGAUUAUCGGUUUAUAUUUGUUACUUCUAUAAUAAUCUAUAUUUUUUUCUAAUUUUUAUUGAUCUCUAUUCCACUUUAUUUGGAUAAUCGAUCUCUUGUUAAAUAUUUUGUUUUUUAUUAUAAUUUUUCGAUUUUUAAAGUAA